GAUAAUGAUUUCUGUACUCUCGAACGAUGCUGGUGCAGUGUAAGUUCUUAAGCAUCUGUGAGCACUAUCGAUAUUUCCUCUAAGGCCCGACGUGGAGUAGCGUCUGCAGGGGAUUUGCCAGUUGUUUACAUAACGAACACCUGGGCAAACAGGACUCUCGUGACUCCAACCCCCUUGCUGCUGAGUGGUUGCGAGGUCUGCCUGCUUCCUGAGAUGAGCGCCAGGCGACACUAAGAGACAGCAGCCUUGUCGGCGCUGGCCCACCUGCAGCAACUGAAGGAAUCUUCCGCAGCAGCCUCGACAUGAGAGCCCCAGCAUGGCACAGUGGAGUCUUGAGGCAGUUUGCCGCAGUCGCAGCCGUGAACCUGGCGACAGUGUCUGCGGGCGCGGUGAUGGCGUGGUCGUCGCCGGCGCUUCCGCUGCUGCCGGGGCUGGGCAGCGCGCAGGCCUCGUGGGUGGGCUCCCUGCCGUCGCUGGGGGCGGCGCUGGGCCCCUGGCUGGGCGGCUGGGCGGCGGACCGCGCGGGCCGCCGCACCGCGGCGCUGCUGUCGGCGCUGCCGCUCGCCGCCUCCUGGGUGGCGCUGCUCUUCGUCAGGCAUCAGCCGCUCUGGCUGUGCGCAGUGCGCUUCUUCUCCGGCAUCGGUGUCGGGCUCGUCUACGCCGUACUGCCUAUCUACUCUGCGGAGAUUGCACAGGCAGACGUUAGAGGGGCCUUAGGCUCACUGAUGCAGACGUCGAUAACGGUGGGCUUCAUGAUCGACUACUGCGCCGGGCCGUUCGUGUCGUACACGACGCUGGCAGCCAUCGGGCUGGCGACGCCCCUCUUGUUCGUGGCGUGCUUCGUCUGGAUGCCGGAGUCACCCUACUACCUGCUGGCUGUCGGGGAGGAAGCCGCGGCGGAGAAAGCCCUGCGCUGGUUACGCGACGUCAACCAAGACGUAAUCUUCGAGCUCCGUGAGAUAAAGAAAGCUGUGGAAGAGUCUCGUCUGUCAGAGGGCUCUCUGCUGGCUGUGUUCCGGACGCGGCGGUCGCGCCGCGCUCUCGCCAUCUCUCUGGGCGUGGUGUGUGCCGAGCAGCUGGCGGGCAUCAACGCGGUGCUCUUCUACACGCAGAGCAUCUUCGACGCGGCGGGCGGCGACGUGGACAGCCGGGUGGCACCCAUCAUCGUCUGCGGCGUUAUGCUGCUCGUGUCGUGCCUCGUGCCCUUCCUGGUGGACCGCCUUGGCCGCAAGUUCCUGCUCAUAUUCUCCUCCACGGGCAUGUCCCUCGCGCUGGCAGUUUUUGGGGCUUUCUUCUACCUCAGUGAAGCGGGCCACAACACGAAGGACAUAGGCUGGCUUCCUCUGACUGCCCUUGUUUUCUACAUCUUCGUCUAUACUCCAGGCUACGGAGGACUGCCUUUCACCGUAGCAGGUGAAGUGUUCGCUCCGAAUUUGAAGGCCGUCGCAAUGCCGAUGGCUGCCUUCGUGUCGUGGUUCAUGUCCUUCCUGGUCACGAGAUUUUUCGGAGACAUCACAGAUGCCCUUGGGAACUACGGAGCGUUCUUCGUGUUCUCGUUGUGCGCUCUUCUCGCAUCACUCUACGUUUACUUCUUUGUUCCAGAAACAAAUGGGAAGACGUUAGAAGAAAUACAGAUAAUGCUAGAGAAUGGAUAGCACAGAAUCAUCACUUUAUCCAUUGCAUUAGAGCAAUAUUUUAUAAUUUCACUUAGGCUCAGAUUUGCAGCAGCGUGUGUUGACGUGAGGGCAAGAGAUGUUAAUAUAUUAACAACUCCUGUAUGCAGACACAAGGAAUGUAAAUCAGUAUUUUCAGGUUUCCGAUCCUUCUUGAACAGUUAUAAGAAGGUUUCCGUAAUGGCUAUGUACCCUCAGUGUCAGACAGCAUCGGUAAUUAACUUUACCGCCGAUCAAACAUCUUAAAUCCAAACAGUUCCUACGCGAAUAUUAACAACCUGGACUUAACGUAAUUGCUAGUCAGAUAUCUUGGAACGACCGUCAGCAAAUUUUAAACCAGUGAAGCUAGAUUGGCCGUGAAAUUUUAAAGAUUUUAAAGGAUCAUUUACCCUAGUUAAAAUUGCUUUUACUUUAGGAAGUAGAUGGGAUAAAACGAAUAGCGUAAACAAAAAUACAGAAAAUAUUCCAGCUUGAUAAAAUUGCAUCCAUUCAAUAUCAAUAAUGCAGAGAGAGACUAAUUCUGGAUGUCAUUGUCAAGCUUCUGCAUUUAUCCGAAAUGCUGUUCAGAGGUCUGCAUAUGUUAAAGUGUAAACUUUUCUCCACUGCUUACUUCAUAAAUAUCAUUGGUGAAUUUCAGUUAUAAGUUUUAAGGCAAUCUGUUUUCAUAUUUGUAUGAAGUGACCUAACUUUCAAGCGGGAAACUACGCUUAAAUCAAGCACAAAGAGAAAGAAACUAUUUGUAGGUAGAACUGGUUAAAUCCAGCCUCUCACCGUUUGCAUAAAGAGGUAGUGGCUAAUAUAAUGUAAAUAGUUUAAGUAUUCUCAACCACAUUUUACAUCCUAUGAUUUUAUCCGCGAGAACUUAGCAUUUGCUCACGUAAUGUGGACAUAAGAAAUUCAGUUCCGUUCAGGAAACUGAACUUUUAUACGGCUUAAUUUUUAUCGCUGUAAAAGAUCCAUAGCAUUGUUUGUUCAGAUUGUUUUAAAAGUUUCUUGUAAGCUAAAUCAGGUACAACAUAUUUUAGAAUAUAAUUUAGCAGAUUCCAAACUUCUAAUGAGAAGUGGAAUCAAAUAAAAUCUAAUAUUCAUUGUAAGAUAUUUAUAUUUAUCUUAUCCUUGAUGUUGUCUACGAAUUCUGAAGUAAAAAUAUUGUAACGCAUUUGUUAAUUAUGCCGCUGACUUAUUUACUUGUGUUUACCCUAAAGAAUUACUUAUCAAAUUGCAUGUUAGAGAUUUUAAUGUAGAAAACAUAAGAGAAUAAUAAAUAUGUUGAAUUAGUGAAA